ACUUUAUGAAACGAGUAGCUAAAAUUACGACAGAUAUCACAACUCUCGAACCAAAUAAGUGAAUAACCCAUGUGAUCGAUAUAGUGAUAAAAUAUUACCUAUCAAAGACACACAUAUCACUCCUAUUCAAACACCAAAAGAUACCACUUAUCAAUAUAAAGAAUACAACAGAUCCAUAUAAUAUAAGGCAUGGUAUUCCUUUGAUUCUUUCUUAUCAAUCAAUUAAUCAAUGGAAUUGCCUUUCAAUUUAACUAUCAUUGAAAAAUGUCACAUCUCUCCACCACCGGAUUCCAUCAUCCCACCAAUCUCUCUUCCACUAACUUUCUUAGACAUUCCUUGGCUUUUCCAUCCUUCAAACCAAACCCUUUUUUUCUUCCAAAAACCACCACCCAAAACCACCAUCACCACCGUCAUAAACCACCUCAAACAAUCACUUUCUUUAACCCUCCACCACUUCCAUCCUCUUGCCGGCAACCUCUCUGUUCCACCACCACCAGCCGAACCAUAUAUUCUUUACAAAAAAGGCGAUUCCGUCUCAUUAACCAUUGCCGAAACAAAUACCAAUUCUAACCAUCUUUCUAGCCACAACCCAAGAAACCUCACUAAUCUUUACUCACUUUUGCCAAAACUUAUAUCACCCUGCUUGUCACGUGACACCCACGUGACUAAUGUCCUGCCUCUUCUCGCUAUCCAAAUUACAGUUUUUGGUGAUUCAGGGUUUUGUAUUGGUAUCACAGUACAACACGUGGCGGCUGAUGAAAGAACACUUGAUCAAUUUAUGAGGUGUUGGACUUCAAUUUGUAAAUCUUUAUUAUUAAAUAAAGAUAGUUUUUUUGGGUUCAAGUUUUCUAGUACUACACCUUGGUUUGAUAGGUCCAUAAUUUUGGACACUUUUUCACUUAAGUCAACAUUUUUGAAAAAAUGGUGGAACCAAAUGAAUUCUUACAAAAAUUCCCAUGAAGAAACCAAGAAAGAUAAUAAUAUGGUUCAAUCAACUUUUGUUUUGAAGUUAUCAGACAUUAAUAUGAUCAAGAAUCAUAUUUUGGUCAAAUGUAGAAUGAUAAAUGAGGACCCACCAAUUCAUUUAUCUCCUUAUGUAAGUGCAUGUAGUUAUAUAUGGAUUUGUUUACUUAAAGUUGGAGAAAUUAUUGAUACAAAAGAUGGGUGUCAAUAUUUAGGAUUUAAUGCAGGUGGGAUUACAAGAUUAGGAUAUGAUGUGCCUUCAAAUUACUUUGGUAAUUGCAUAGGUUUUGGGAGAUGUAAGGGUUUAGAGAAUGAAUUAUUAAGUGAAAAUGGUGUUGUAUUUGCAGCAAAAUGUAUAGGAAAAGAGAUUAAGAGGCUUGAUAAGGAUGUAUUAGGUGGUGGUGAGAAUUGGAUUAGUGAUUGGAAUGAAUUGAAUAUAAGGAUUCUUGGUUCACCAAAAGUUGAUUCAUAUGGUUUGGAUUUUGGGUGGGGGAAAGUUGUUAAAGUUGAGAAGAUAUCAAGUGAUUUUAAUUACCAUGGUAAUAAGGUAAAUGUAAUUUCUUUGAGUGGGAGUAGAGAGUUCAAUGGUGGAAUGGAAAUUGGUGUUGUUCUUUCUAGAGAUAGAAUGAAAGCAUUUAGUUCUGUCUUUAAUGAUGGUUUAAGGAAUCUUAAUUAAUUGACGAUGAUAAAUGAUGUGGGCCAAGAUUUCUGCACAGGAGAAUAGUACAUUUCAUUGUUGUGAUUCUUUCUUUUCUAGUAAUGUACGCUUGUUUAGAUGUGAGUUUUGGACAAAUGUUCUAUUUUAAAGUAUUAUAUAUACCAUGUGAAUAAUUAUGGUGUUUCAUUAGUUCUUGGUGCAAAAUAAUUCCGAUUUUUGAUUUCUCUAUUGGGGAUCUUAUUAGCCUAUAUGAAAAGGGGAACAACGGGAAGAAUGCAGUCAUACAUGAUACAUGCAAUCUUCUUUACUGCGUGUUGGUGUUUGUAGAAAGUGAGAAACGACGUAUGUUUUAACGGGAUCCCACCCUCUUGCCCUCUUGGCAAAGCUAAAAGAAGAUGUACAUUGGCUGAGUUUUUUCUGGCUUCAAUGUAGAGCAAAAUUCCAAGAAUUAACAUGGAAAAGAUGGUGGAAAUUCAAGUUACAGUCUCAACCAACAACACGUCUUAGUGGGCUGAAAGGGCUGGCUGACACAGAAAAAGAACAUGUUUAACUGGGCUGAAAUGGUAGUCAAUAAAAGAAGCUGUUACUUUUUCUCUCUUUUAUAUGUUAUUGUUGUAAAAAGACUUUAUAGAAAACUGAGGUUUCUUGGGUA